UAUUUCCAACGUUUUUGCAGGUUUAUGCGUUACAUUUCACUGAGAAUGCAAUAUAAUUUGAAUCUAAAUAUAAAUUCAACUACAACCAGGUGAAAUAUUUCAGUAUGCAGCAGAACUCCAAACUAUUUUGAAAUAGAGAAGAGUUUUGUAUUUAUACUGACGUGUUUUUAUAUCUCAAAAUUGGCAAAUAGAGCUGCAUACUCCGGUAAUGUGCAAAAUCAUCCAAUUUUCAUCUCACGGUUGAGUCACUACGGAUUUUUAGUUGAGUCAUUCUCAAAAGUGCGCAAUUUUCGUGGUAAAUUGAAAUAACGAUCGUUUCAUAAUUUUUUGUGGUGUCUAAGUUGGUAACCCACGCCUGAUCAAGUUUGACAGUUCAUCUAAAUAAUAUUUGGAAAAUUCUCGAAAUUUUAAAACGUUGGGAAGAAACUGUCCAAAAUUUUCAAAAUGGAAAAACACAAGGUGGAACUCUACAUCUACGAUCUCUCCAUGGGAAUGGCCAGAACUAUGGCCCCCAUGUUCAUAGGUAAAUCUUUGGAAGGCAUCUGGCAUACAUCUAUCGUUGUUUUUGGACGAGAGCACUUGUUCAAUUCCAGUGGCGUGGAAAGUUGUGCACCUGCAAGUACUCAUCUAGGAAGACCACUACGUGUGGAAGUUUUAGGAUAUACAGAAGUGCCAUAUCAAGUAUUCUCAGAAUACCUAGACAGCUUGAGUGAAUCCACAUUUGCGGGAUCCAAAUACAGCCUCUUCACACACAAUUGUAACAAUUUCACUGAAGAAGUAGCUCAGUUCUUAGUUGGAAAAAGUAUUCCUCAGUAUAUUCUCGAUCUACCCAAAGAAGUAUUGAAUUCCAAUCUACCUCCAGCCUUAUUGAACCUUCUGAAUCAGUUGGAGAAAGGAGCACACGUUGGUUCCUCUAGUCAAAGUACUAAGGAAGGUAGUCCUGAUUAUCAGCAGUUACAGUCGCAAAUAGAAGAAGCAAGGUAUCACUCUUUGUUACUAGAACUGAGGAGAAAAAGAUUAACUCAAAAAUUCUUUAAAAGGGAAAGAAAGAAGGCUAAAGAAAGUGAAAGAAGACGUAGGGCGGGCGAAGGAACUGAACAAGACACAGAGAACACAAUGAGUGACGCAGAACUAGUUAAUGGUAAUAAGAUUCCCGCACCUUCAGCGGAACAACUUUUAGCUUUGGAAGAGGAAGAGAGACUAGAAGAGGAAAAACAGCAGAUAGACAAAAACCCUCCAAUCGUUUUUAGCGAUGCAAUCGAUGUUAAAGCCGAGUUUGAUGCACUGAUCAAUCUCAUUGACGGUAAAAUAUCCACCGUUGAACAAGGAUGUAUGGAGGAAUUAUCAGUUUAUAUGCUUGAGGGGGAAGGUUGUUGGGCACUCAGUGAUAACUUCUUAACGUUCGUAGGAAGACUCUUUUCCGAUGCAGUUUUCCCUGUUGAAGCCAGGGUUAGGAUGAUAAAUAUCCUAGCUGCUGGAGCUCUAAAGAGCGACAUAAUCCUUCUUUUACAUCAAGACAGGAGGGACCAUGUCCUCAUGAACUACGCCUUCGGUAUAGAUAGGCUCACCCUGGAUGAACAGCAGGCUCUCAGUCUCCUUAUCUGCAACUUGUUUUCAAACUUGAGCGCCUCUGAGUGGCUCCUGUAUAUAUCGGAGUGGAACCUCAACGGUCAGCAGACCAGCAACCUCAGAGUCACUACCAAGGUCAGCGUUCACUGCUUGCUGUCCGACGAUAAAGUGUUGCAAGAUAGAGGAACUGCUAUCAUCCACAACUUGGGUUGUAAGGAGAAGUUGUUCAAAAAUAUAAGGAUUCGUCAACUUUUGCCCAAAGGUUGUUUAUCCAAGGUAUUUGAUGAUGUCGCAGUAGAGUUAGCUAUGGCAGUAUUGCAAUUCUUCAACGUCAAACCAUCAGAAGAACAUCUCUUCAGAUGCAUGAAAGCCUUAGCAAAGUUUUCUCAAGUAUCAAGGCAAGAAGUGCCACAGCUAAUCCAAAUGAUUGGACCUGACCCUAAAACCUUCUCCGGUACAAGUGAAAGAGUUGACCAGCAGAUAGCCGAAAUAGGUGGAGGAAGAAGAAACUAAAACGAUAUGUACGAACUGAACGAAGCUAAUGAGAAAUUUCACCUGGUGAUUCUAAAAUAUAAGCUCUAAAAAAUACUUGUUUUUUAUUAUUGGCAUUUAUAUAUUGAAAUUUUGGACGAGUUUUAUCAAUUCAUCUUUUAACUAUUUCUACCAUUAACUUUCUUCCUGACGAUAAUGUUUAAAUUGUCUCUAAUGUAAAUUUUUUUUACGUUUGGCAUUUGUAAGAUAUUAUGGUUUUUCAAUUGGGUCAAUAAAGGAUUCAACAGUU